AUGCCUCUCUCACGAAGCCCAUCACCAAGUCCUGGCGGCGGGUGGUCGAGUCCCGGUCUGAACAUCCACGGCAGUGGCCGGUCUAGUCCAUCUCGAGGCUUCGGCGCGGACUCCAACGGGGCCGCAUCUGGUGCUUGGGAGUCGACACGCUCUCGCAAUGCUGGGACAAGCAAAUACCCUUCUUUCUCAACGCAAAACCAGGGCUUUUUUACCCGACAUAUGCGCCAGUUAUCGAGCAGCCUGCCUCGCUUCCACAACAACACCAGGCAUGCCGACAAGGAAAAGCAUGGCCACCACUUUGCGGAAGGGACGAAUGCAUCGUGGGCUCUUCUGUAUUACUGGCGGAGAACAUCAUGGCUAGGAGGCGGCGAGAAAUUUGUCAUCAUUUUGGCGGCAAACGUUGGAGGUGGCGUCAUGGAAUGGAAAGGUGCAAGAGAAUGGGCGAUCGAGAGGGAUAGCACGCGAAACAAGAAGCGAUACGCCGCACGUUGGGGCUACGAUCUAGAAAUCGUGGACAUGAGCACGAAGAAGCGCUAUGCGCACGAAUGGCGCGAGAGCUGGGAGAAGGUCGAUUUCAUCCGACAAGCGUUGCGCAAAUAUCCCAAUGCCGAAUGGUUUUGGUGGCUGGAUUUGAACACUUAUGUCAUGGAGCCGUCCUAUUCGCUGCAGGACCACAUAUUCAACAACCUUCAGGACCACAUUUACCGCGACAUCAACGAUUACAAUCCACUGAACAUCCCCCACCCGCUUAAUGAUCCAUACCUGGACACGCUUUCUCGAAACGUGGCCGGUGAUGGGAAGCCGGAUUCGGUCAAUCUCGUCUUAUCGCAGGACUGCUCUGGCUUCAAUCUCGGUUCUUUCUUUAUUCGCAAGAGCGAGUGGACCGAUCGGCUCCUGGAUGUAUGGUGGGAUCCCGUGGCUUAUGAGCAGAAGCAUAUGGACUGGGAGCACAAGGAGCAGGACGCUCUGGAGCAGCUCUAUAUCGCCCAGCCGUGGAUUCGCCAGCACACUGGAUUUUUGCCGCAGCGGAUGAUCAACAGUUUUCCCCAGGGCGCUUGCUCUGAGAACGGCAACAACACGCGUUAUCACUAUGACCAGAAGGACCGCGAUUUUCUGGUCAACAUGGCUGGUUGUGAGUGGGGCCGCGACUGCUGGGGCGAGAUGUACAACUACCGCGAGUUGAGCUACUACCUCAACCGGUCGUGGUGGGAACGAUUUAAGGAGGAUUUCCUCUGCAUCGUUUGGUUCAAGCUCACUGGUCGAAAAGUCAAGCUCUGA